AUGGCUGCUCGGCCAACCUCCCACUGCCCGAGCCCCGCUUUGAAUGUAAUCUGCUCAGUUGUGGCUCCGCUUGGCUGGUUCCGAGGUUUGAUGAUCGGGUCUGGGUUGGACGCAGGUGUCAAGGACGGCGUCGACAUCUUCUCUAUCUCGAUUGGCAGCCAAUAUACGCCAUUGGACCAAGAUGUCGUCGCCAUUGGUUCGUUCGCCGCAGUCAAGAAGGGGAUCUUCGUCAGCUGCGACGCCGGCAACGACGUACCUGACAACUUCACCCUCGCCAAUGAGGCACCGUGCGUCCUCAAUGUUGCGGCAAGCAGGGUUGACCGAAGAUUCAGGGCCUCCGUGAAACUCCCCAACGGAAAGGUCUAUGAGGCCCACAACAAACUUCCAAAAGAUGUGGCGACGUUCGUCAAGUCCCAUGACGCCAAUGCGUUGAUCUUCAUUGCCCCGAAACUCGAGGGUGCCACCGUCAUUAUCACGGAGUUGGACUUCCCUGGAAUAUGGCUCGCCUCCCAAGAUGGCUCUAACCUCAUUUAUUAUUUAAUCUCGUCUUCUGACCCCUCUGCAUCUAUCGUCUUCGAUGGGACGGAUCUCGGCAUAUCCCCUACCCUCGUCGUGGCUUACUUCUCCUCCUGGGGGCCUUCUCGGGCAAUGCCGGGAAUCCUCAAGCCAGACAUCUCCGGCCCUGGACUUAACAUCCUCGAGGGCUGGAUUUCUUCCAAUGACACUCCUGGGUAUGCUAUCAGAUCUGGCACAUCCUUGUCGACGCCUCACCUCAGUGACGUCGCCACGCUCUUAAAGGCCACACACCCUACUUGGUCACUGGCAGCUAUCAAGUCGGCGUUUGUCACCACGGCAGACGCCAACAUGUUUGACGAACGACGAUUACGUCUGUUACAUCUGCGGCAAAUUCGGCAAAAAGGCACUAGAAAUAUGGCACGCGGAGUCGUGGACUGCUCAAAGAGCAUGACGGAAGAGAAACUCAACUACCCGUCGAUUUUGGUGGCCCUGAAAGUCAGGGCGACGACUAAGGUGAGCCGGACGGUCACAAACGUCGGGCCGACGAGAUCGAGCUACACGAUUUCAGUGACUGUAUCGAAGACUUUCAUGUCAGCUACUAUCACCCUCAAGAUAUUGACGUUCACCAAGUUGAACGAGCAGAAGUCGUUCACUGUGAGGGGAGAAUGGGGUGUCGACGGACCUUCCACUUCCGACAUUAAAUUUGUGGAGGGAAAGUUGACUUGGACUUCCGAUGAUGGUAAACAUGUGGUGACGAGCUCAUUGGUCAUCUCCGCCCCGAAGUGA